AUGAUUGUGGGCACCAGUCAUUGGACUGUGGAACUCUGGCGUCGGGCUUGCGCUUCCCUCUCCCAGCUCGGUCGCCUUCUAGACCUCUGGCCGUCCAUAUCGCAUACUGCUAGGACUCGAAAAGCCUCCACAGCCAACGCCAACCACCUCCUCCUUUCGAUGCUGCGUUCAGAGACUGCGGGAAAAGUUGGUUCGAGCGAUAAGGCUGCCGCAGAACUGUUUCGAAGCUUUGUAGACAGGGGCUCCGUCGGUGCCAAGCUCUCGGUUGCCAUCUCCUCUCGGGAGUCCUUCUACCAGACAUACCGUAAAAUGAUUAAUGUGGCAGUCUUUUUCCUGUGGUCAUCUAAACGCAAGCGCAUGUCUGUGCUAACUUCUCUGGAUUUGGCUGAUUUCUUCCGGUAA